CUCUAAUGCCUGUCCUCUUUCCCUGUCGGAUUACGGCCAAGGCAGCACGCAAAGGAACGGUUACCAAGCAAUAAAACACCGAAAAAAACAAGAUUUUCCAUUCCAGUUAAAGUUACCAAAGGAAGCAUUCAUUAUCCUUCAGCAUGCCAAAACAAAGUACCAAGAUGAGCGGACUGCAGUGCCUCGCCUCGGAGAACAUCUGGUUCGACAAGCGGUGCUACGAUGAGGCCGAGAAGUGCUUCUACGAGGGAGCCAACGGACCCUCCACACAGGAGAGAGAGGUUAAUGGCAUCCUGCAGGACAUUGCUAAAUCCCGACAGAAUAUCCUGCAGUCCCUCAACGGAUCAUCCUCUCGUGCAGGAGACCAGGAGCUGGUUUCUCGGAUGAAGAGCCUGGAACUGGAGAACCAGACACUGCACAAAGUGGUGGAGGAGAUGAGAGCAGCCCUGCAGAAGCUGGAGUCCAGAGUGGCUGGGCUGGAAAAGAGCCCAGCGGCCGUCACAUGUGCUAAGGCUGCUCCAGUCAAACAGGUAAAGGUGGAAAAUGGAGAUGACGAUGACGACGACGAUGUUGACUUGUUCGGCAGCGAUGACGACGACGAGGAGGCAGAACGCAUCAAGCAGGAGCGCCUGGAUGCCUAUGCAGCCAAGAAGUCCAAGAAACCCACCCUCAUCGCCAAGUCAUCCAUCCUGUUGGACGUUAAGCCCUGGGACGAUGAGACUGAUAUGGGGAAGCUGGAGGAGUGCGUGCGGUCUGUGCAGAUGGACGGGCUCCUGUGGGGAGCAUCCAAACUGUUGCCAGUCGGCUACGGCAUCAAGAAGCUGCAGAUCAACUGCGUGGUCGAGGACGACAAAGUCGGCACCGACAUCCUGGAGGAGGAGAUCACCAAGUUUGAGGACUAUAUCCAGAGUAUAGAUGUUGCUGCCUUCAAUAAGAUCUAAGCCAAGGUGUUGCUGCUGCUCCUGGCUUGCACGUUUAUUAAAAUGCAAAGUUGAGCAUUAA